AUGUAUGUGCACGCACAUUCAUUAUCUAUCUAUCUAUCUAUCUAUCUAUCUAUCUAUCUAUCUAUCUAUCUAUCUAUCUAUCUAUCUAUCUAUCUAUCAGGAUCCCACAGUACACGGGAACAUGAACUUUCAUAUCCACAGCAAAUGUGGAGUUACUCGAUAUUAAUGACAGCCCUCCAUUUUAGUCAGAAUGUUUAUGCAUUGGACAUACCCGAAAACCACCCAACUGACCGCACUGUGCUCACUAUUCCCGUCAAUGACCCGGACACCACAGGCAGUGUCCAGUUGUCCAUCCGAUCUGGAAACAACCGGACUUUUACUAUUUCUGAUUCAGGUAUUUUAUCCUUGCGUCGAUAUCUUGAUCGAGAAGUCGUCCCUCGUUACACCCUCCAGCUCGAAGCAUUUGAUGGUCUCCAUACUGCUACUGCCAUGGUACAGAUCAACAUUCUGGAUAUCAAUGACAAUGUACCCAUCUUUAACAAGACCAUCUAUACUUUUGAUCUACCAGAGGAUCUGCCGGUGAAUUCUACGAUUGGUAGCAUCUUGGCCCGAGACACAGACAAGGGCGUAAAUGGAACUGUCUCUUAUCACUUGUUAUCGGACUGGGGCAAAAACGUCUUCAGCUUGGAUUCAAGAACAGGAACCUUCAAGUUGAAAUCGCCCUUGGACUUUGAACAGGUGCAGUUGUACACCUUACUGGUAAGUGCAAUGGACCAAGGACCCCUUCCUAGCAGUUCAACUGUGACAGUGUAUAUGAAUGUGAAAGAUGUCAAUGACAACGGACCCAUCUUCAGCCCAAGUACAUACACCACGGCUGUCUCAGAAAAUGUCACCGUGGGAACUUCAGUUCUAACAGUGUUUGCCAGUGAUGCUGAUACAGACAUUUUUUACUUGCAAAGGCAUUCACUCUAUGUUAAUUUGCGCUUGCGAGCUGUCUCUGACUCUCAUUUAUUUUCACUCACUCACUCAUUAUCUAUCUAUCUAUCUAUCGGUCUGUUCAGAUCUAUCUAUCUAUCUAUCUAUCUAUCUAUCUAUCUAUCUAUCUAUCUAUCAGUCUGUUCAGAUCUAUCUAUCAACUUGUCUUUCUCUUUCCUUAUCUGUUUUUUUCUUUCUUUCUCACUCCUUUUAUUUCUCUCACACAUGUUAUUCUCUCAUUCCGCAUUUCAUUCAAUCUCCCUUUUGCACCUUUCUUUCCUUCUUUCCUUCAAUUUCACUCUCACUUCUGUUUUCCAAUUUUUCUCCCUCUGUCUCUUCCUUUUUUUUUCCAAUUGUCUCUUUCUCCUCCUUUGCCACGUUUGUCUCUCUCUUUCCUUUUCCUAUUUCUUUCUCUCUCGCCUUUUCCUAUUUCUUUCUCUCUCGCCUUUUCCUAUUUCUUUCUCUUUCGCCUUUUCCUAUUUCUUUAUCUCUCUCGCCUUUUCUUAUAUUUUCUCGCCUUUUCCUAUUUCUUUCUCUCUCUCGCCUUUUCCUAUUUCUUUAUUUUUCGCCUUUUCCUAUUUCUUUCUCUCUCUCUCUCUCUCUCGCCUUUUCCUAUUUCUUUUUCUCUCUCUCUCUCUCGCCUUUUCCUAUUUCUUUCUCUCUCUCCUUUUUUCUAUUUCUUUCUCUCUCUCUCCCUUUUCCUAUUUCUUUCCCUCUCUCUCCUUUUCUGUUUCUUUCUCUCUCUCUCUCGCCUUUUCCUAUUUCUUUUCUCUCUCUCUCUCUCUCGCCUUUUCCUAUUUCUUUUUCUCUCUCUCUCGCCUUUUCCUAUUUCUUUUUCUCUCUCUCGCGCCUUUUCCUAUUUCUUUUUCUCUCUCUCUCGCCUUUUCCUAUUUCUUUCUCUCUCUCUCUCUCUCGCCUUUCCUAUUUUUCUCUCUCUCUCGCCUUUUCCUAUAUCUUUCUCCUUCUCUCUCUCCCUUUCCUAUUUCUUUCUCUCUCUGCCUUUUCCUAUUUCUUUCUCUCUCGCCUUUUCCUGUUCUUUCUCUCUCUCUCUCCUUUUCCUUUUCUUUCUCUCUCUCUCGCCUUUUCCUAUUUCUCUCUCUCUCGCCUUUUCCUAUUUCUCUCUCUCUCUCUCUCCUUUUUUCUUUUCUUUCUCUCUCUCUCUCGCCUUUUUCUAUUUUUUCUCUCUCUCUCCCUUUUCCUCUUUCUCCUUCUCUCUCUCGCCUUUUCCUAUUUCUUUCUCUCUCUCCCUUUUCCUAUUUUUCUCUCUCUCUCGCCUUUUUCCUAUUUCUUUUCUCUCUCGCCUUUUCCCCUUUCUUUCUCUCUCUCUCGCCUUUUCUUAUUUCUCUUCUGUCUUUUCUCUUUCUUUCUCCUUUCUCCUUUUUCUUUUCUCUCUCUCUCUCCCUCCUUUUUCUAUUUCUUUUUUCUCUCUCUCGCCUUUUCCCUGUUCUUUUCUCUCUCUCUCGCCUUUUUCCUAUUUCUUUCUCUCUCUCUCGCCUUUUUCCUAUUUCUUUCUCUCUCUCUUUUUCCUAUUUUCUUUCUCUCUCUCCUUUUCCUAUUUCUUUCUCUCUCUCUCUCGCCUUUUUCCCUUUCUUUCUCUCUCUCUCUCUCUCUCGCCUUUUUCUUUCUCUCUCUCUCUCGCCUUUUCCUAUUUCUUUCUCUCUCUCUCUCGCCUUUUCCUAUUUCUUUCUCUCUCUCUCUCGCCUUUUCCUAUUUCUUUCUCUCUCUCUCUCGCCUUUUCCUAUUUCUUUCUCUCUCUCUCUCGCCUUUUCCUAUUUCUUUCUCUUUAUCACAUUUUUGAUUUCCUUUCUUUUUCACCCUUUUGUCUUUCUUUUUAACCCUCUUUCUCUCUUUUAUGUUUCUUUUUCACUCUCUCGCUCUUACUUUUCUUUUCCUCCCUCUCUUUCUUCUCUCUCUCUCUCUCUCUUUCUUCUCACUCUCAUCCUUUAUUCUUUUUUACUUCUUACAACUCUAUUAAUUUCUUUCUCUCUCUUCCAACAAACACACAGUCUCUCCUUCUUGACACUUCUUUCCCGACUGCAUCUCUCCUCUUCACCUCAUUUUAAACCUUUUGAUAACCACAUGUUACAAUCAGAAAGAUAA